CAUUGGAAAUGUACACCCGUUCGAUGUUAUUGUCUUUCUCUGUGGCAUGGAUACUUCUAUUCCUCGUCGCUGGCUGUGCUGGCAAGCGUAAAUGGGAUUACGAACCAAUCUCUUUAGUUGUCAGAACGACAGAUGCAUCAAAAGUUAAUGUUGAGGCUGAGGUUGAACCCAUGGGACGUGAUGGAUUUGCUUUUACGGCCCAAUUGUUAAUCAAUUUCGAUAUGGACGAAACGACUAUGGUGGAGGUUACGGCUUAUCGCAGCUCUACGGGCAGCAAGGACGAUUACAAGCUUUUGCCCUUCUGCAUACCGAAGCAGGCAUUUCAAAGGUUUGCCGAAUCUCAUUACAAGGACAUUAUCUACACGAACUUGAAGCAGUGCUCAAAUAUACCCAAACCAGAGAAUGCAUACCCCUGGCCCAAAGGCACGUACAUUUUUGACAAGUGCACUGUGACUGGCGAUGGUAUGCCCGAAGUUCUGCCCGAGGGUUACUACAAGAUCGUCUUCGAUGUCAGCGGGAAGGUCGGGGGGGGCUUUACAAGCAUUGGAAAGCUGACCACAAAAACGGAUAUGAUUGGUUAAAACCAAUAGACAAAAAAAGGGUGAUGGCAUAAAAAAACAAUAUUCAAUAAUAAUCAACAAAUUUAAGUUAGUUUUAACAAUAUCUAUCCGUAUCUAUCCGAGUGGUUCCAAGAAAACGCAAGUUAUAUU